GCCGUGGCGGCCGCGGUGGUGGAGGGGGUCGGGCCGUGGCUGGCCAACGGCUCCCCGGCGGUGGCAGCGGCGCUGCUGGAGCGGCUGCCGCCCACGGGCCCUGCUGGCCCUCCAGGGGCGGAGCCGCCGCCCGGGGCCGGCCCAGCCGUGGCGCCAGAGGUUUCUCCAGGCGCGGUGCUGGCGUGGGGGCUCGCCGCGGGCGAGUUCGUGAUCCUGGUGGGGGAGUGGUGCAGCGAGUUGCGACCUGGCCUGCUGUUGGGGCUGUGGUAUCCGCGGGAUGCCGUGUGGCACGAACGCAUCCUACUGUAUCCUGCGGGAGUGACAUAUUGGUGGAUCCUCACGCCCGAUCUGAACAGGUACGCAGAGGACGUCACGGGCACCGUCGGCGACGGCCGCAACAGGGCCUUCGCGUGCGCGCCAGACGGGACGGCCCCCGCUCUGGCCCACGGUGCCUUCUACCGGUUCCCGGAGCCCGUCGGCUGGCAGCACUUCAAAGGCCUGGUGAUCACCUCGCGGUCGGAUCAGGUGCGCCACGCUGCUGGAGGUGCGGUCGCCGACCCCGAGGAGAUGUUGACUUGGGGCGGGACGGUGCGUCUUUUCUCAGAUGCGCGCCGACGGCUGGCACUGCGAAGGAGCGAGGAGGCAGUGGGCGGCACCUCGACGCCACGAGAGGCUGAGCCGCUGCUGGACGCACCUCCACCUGGGUCCGACGUCAUCAUCACGACCUUUGCCUCGGUCGAGCCCCCCGAGGGCUGCGCCUGGGUGAUCGGCUCGCCUGGAUGGAUCCCUGUCGGCACGGAGGUAGCCCUGGAGCAUGGAAGUGCGCGGCUGGACCACGCCCGCGCGAUGAUCAGGGGCGGCUCCGUGUGGCAACUGGCGGAGGCGGUCCGCAUCGGGGUGGUCGACGCCUACAGGGACAGCCGCCCGCAGGAGCUCAUCAGGCUGCUGGAGGGCGACGUAGCUGCGCGGCGCCGUGGUGCUGACCUGGGCGGCCUGGCGGGCGCCUCGCGGCCCGCUGUCGAGGCUCCCGACCUGGGGGCUGGCGAGCGGGAUCUGAGGGGCAGGCUCGGGGGGGCCGCCCCCGAGGUGGCGCCCGUGGCCGACGCUGGCGAGGACGUCCUUGGCGAGAGGUCGUUCGCGAGGUCAGGCGCUGCGCGUUCCCGGAUUGGCCCCAUCGAGGACGGCCUCUCCACGGUGGAGCACAUGCUCAAGAAGUGGGACCAGAGUGGCGGGACUCCGCUGCUCUGGCUUGAACUGUGGGCGCGAGAUCGGCUGCUGACCUCGGCGGGCCGCGCCUGCGUCGAGAUGAAGCGCUUGCUCUCCUCGAUAUACUACGCUGGGAGCUACGAUCAGAUCAACUUGGCUAGCGUGGCGAGCAUCGAGGUGCUGUGUCGCAGAGUGUCGCAGAUUGCCCGCUGGCGCUGGAGGCAGGCGAGGGCCUGCCCGCUGCCGAUGCCGGUGCCGACGGCCGAGGCCGUGGGCGCGGCCGAGGACGCGACGCUGGCGGGCGCGGAGCUGGCGGUCGCGGGGGCGCUGGAGCGGCUGGGCGACGCUGCGUUCGACGACGCGCGGUUCCAGGGCCGUUGGGCUGCGCAGCUCGCCAGGCGAGCUCGUCAUGAUUUCAACGAUGUCGUGGAUGCCUUGAAUUGGUCGGCCAACCGUGAGGUCAGUGGCAGCUUGCCCAAUUUUGACCAGAUGAGGGUGCACGCGCGGAUCUUGGACUGCAUCGCCGAGAGCAUGCCGCCGCUGGAGCUGUGCGUGCGCCUCGUCGAGCUUCUCUGCUCCAAGGGCGUGCUGACCUUCCUGGAUGAGACCGGGCGCCGCGAAGAGGUCGGGAUGUUUUUCGCGGCCAGGAAGAGCGGCCAGCUUCGCCUCAUCAUCGACGCGAGGAGGAGCAACCUGCAUGUUACCUCGCCUCCAGGAGGGUCUCUGGUGGCCGAGGAGGGCCUGGCUCGCCUCGAAGAGGGGCUCGACUCCCGUGGCCGAGAAGCUGCCGGCACAGGCUUCGCGCUGGGCACCUCAGACAUCAGCGACGCCUUCCAUCGUUUCGGGAUCGACAGGGGCCUGUCGGCCUUCUCCUGUCUGCGGGCCGUGCAGGCGCACGAGGAGCUGGGCGAGCCCGUGAUGCAGGAUACCCCGGCGCUCAGUCAGGUGCCCCGGAUGACCGAGCGCGGGCCCGCCGCGGAGGUGCACCCGACCGCCCCUCUCUCUCGUGGAGGUGGCGCCCAGUGUACCUACGUGGGCAGCCUGGGAGUAUUGGUUUUCAACCAGGCGCUGGGCUGCGUGCUGGGCAGCGCGGCGAUGGCCACCCGGCCGACGGCCAAGCGCUACUGGCGGGUCCGCCGCGGGCUCGACUGGGCGCUGGGCUGCCGCGCGCUUCCUGGCUGGGCCUGGGAGAUCGUGCUCGGCCGCUGCACUUAUUGUGCCAUGUGCAACCGCGACGUGCUGUCAGUGUUCAGUGCCAUCUACAAGUUCAUCGCUGCCAACCACUGCAUGGAUAAGACAUUCAAGGAGAUGGCGGUGGAGAUCUCCUCGGGAUCCCGCUGGACAGAGUGGGGCGCCCGCGAGUGGCGCAACGCGACGGCCGUGAACCGUAGACAACCUCAGCUGGCAACCCAGCAGUACAACGCAGAGGGCGGAGGCAGCGUGCCCGCGCUGGGCGUGCCCGAGCGGCCUGCCAGGCGCUCGCGGGUGCUGUCGCCCGCGCCGCGGGCGCUGGCCGCCAGCCUGGCGGAGGCGACGCCGCCUGCGCGGCGGCAGUGCUCGCUCGGCCCCCCCGCAGCGCGGGCGCCCAUCUGGCUCCAGCAACCCGCGUCCGCGGCGAAGAACGACUUCGACGGCCUGGAGGCGGUGGGGGACAAGACUGGAGACAGCGAGGGCGAGAGCGAUGCCACCGAGGAUCCCGACGCGGAGAUCGAGGGCCGACGGACUCGCCAGCUGCGCCCGACGGCAAAGCUCCGAGCCGCCGCCGUGGCCGGGGCGCGAGCGCCCCCCACGCUCGCGGGCCUCUCGCCCCCGGAGCGCUCGGCGGUGAGACAGGGGGCGGAGACCGAGUGCCAGGUGGAGCUGCAGGCCUUCGUGGAGGCCGCGGGAGAACGCCCGCUCGUCGCGGACAGCGAGGUGGACGCUGCGCUCGUGCUCCACAUGAGCGAAGUCUACGGAGCUGCCCUGGCGCGCGGAGCUCCAGAGUCUCGGCUCUUCCAGCGCAGCUACCGCAAGUUCGCGACCGAGUUCAGCCGGGCGCGCGAGGGGCUGCAGCUGGGCAAUCUCGCGCUGUGCCAGUGCCGCCACCGCGACCACCUCGAGCUGAAGGAGAGGCUGAACGUGUCGGCGGCGCGCCUGCUGCCGGGGCCCUGGCUGGCCGCGGAGUUCAAAAGGGCCGUCGAGCGCUUGGCGGCGCUCUUCUUCGGUCGCGCGGUCGCCGCGCCGUUCCAGACCGCGUGGGGCGCCGCCCGUAUUUUGCGGAUUUCUUCUUCGGUGAUGGCGGCGUCGGCAGGGCUGUGUCUCAUC